AUGGCGAGAGUACUCUCCACCACCCUCCUGAGGGGACUUAUGAGAUCGUCCCGCGCAUCGACAUCAGCUGCUGUGUCACUACCAGCUAUCCAGCAGUUUAUGAACUACUCAUCAGGUCUUGGCGCUGCUCCUAAUGCAAAUGGGGACUCAAUGGCAACACGAGUAGCUGCUGAUCACGAUACACAUCAAGACUUUCAGCCAACAAGUAAAAGUUCAGACAUGUCUUUCAGUGACAUUGUUGCUCAGGAUGUCAAGGAGCACCCUGUCGUCAUCUAUAUGAAGGGUUAUCCUGAUGCUCCUAGGUGUGGAUUCAGUGCAUUAGCAGUGAAGGUCCUCCAGCAAUAUGGUGUCCCCAUCAGUGCUAGAGAUAUUCUUUCAGAUCUUAAGCUCAAAGAGAGUGUUAAAGCAUACAGUAACUGGCCUACGUUUCCACAAAUAUUUAUCAAAGGAGAGUUUGUUGGGGGAUCUGAUAUCAUACUCACCAUGCACCAGGCAAAAGGGUGA